CUGCUUCGCGUGAAAUAGAGUUUCGAAGAGUUAGCUUCGCCUGCUUCGCUUGAACGAUUCCGCCUCCUUCGUCGACGUGGUCUUCCUGUCGAUCGGAAGUCAGGAAAGUUUGCGUUCUUCCUUCGCCACCUUCGACGACGUUCUCCUUCGCCUCCUUCGACGACGUUUUUCGCUUCCUUCGAAGACGACGGGAGUUCGCUCACUGCGAAGGUCCUCGCUUCUUUUCUAAAUCUAGAACUUUUAGCUUUUUUUUUUUGGAAAAGAAAGCGCAUGAGCCGAAGUUUUAUUGAAGCACUGCUACCUAGCAGCCUACAUGGAAUCACCUGAUGGCGUUUCAAGGGAGACCUCUGUUCUUGUUAUUGUGCUGGAAACCAGUGAAGUUUACAUUCUUGUGAGUCUGUCAACAAGGAGUGAUACUCAAGUAAUUAACAUCGAUCCAACUACUGGUUCACUGAGUUAUACUGGAAAGCUUGGGCAUGACCUUUUUAACCGUGAGGAAGAAGCUUUAAACUACAUUACGGAUGGUUCGAGGCUUUUAUGUAAGAAUAUCACUCAUGCGAGGGCCUUACUUGGCUAUGCGGCACUUGGAAGUUUUGGAUUGCUUCUAGUAGCAACCAGGCUGAUCCGUACGAUUCCUCUACUUCCUGGUGGUGGCUGUGUUUACACAGUUACAGAAAGUAAAUGGAUAAAAAUCCAGCUUCAGAACCCUCAAUCACUGGGCAAAGGAGAGCAUAAAAAUAUCCAGGAAUUAGCUGAACUUGACAUCGAUGGAAAGCACUAUUUUUGUGAAACAAGGGAUAUUACACGACCUUUUCCAAGUGCCAUGACUUCCCAGAAUCCUGAUGAUGAAUUUGUUUGGAAUGCUUGGUUUUCCAAACCAUUCAGGGAUAUUGGCCUGCCAAAACAUUGCGUUAUUCUCCUGCAGGGAUUUGCCGAAUGCAGAAAUUUUGGGAACUCCGGGCCAGGGGGCAUUGUUGCGCUUUUUGCUCGUCGAAGUAGGUUGCAUCCUGGUACCCGCUAUUUAGCUAGGGGACUGAACGCAUGUUCUAGCACAGGCAAUGAGGUGGAAUGUGAGCAACUGGUGUGGUCUGUACAAAAAUCUGGAGAAAGCUUCCCAUUCAGCUCUUAUGUCUGGCGAAGGGGAACCAUACCAAUAUGGUGGGGAGCAGACUUAAAAUUUACUUCUGCAGAAGCUGAAAUUUAUGUUUCUGGUCAGGAACCUUACAGAGGAAGUGCACUCUAUUAUCAAAGAUUAAGUAGAAGAUAUAAAGCUCAGCGUUCUGAUCUUACAGCUGUCAGAGAAAAGAAAACUUCUUUGAUACCUAUAAUUUGUGUAAACUUGCUCAGAAAUCAUGAGGGGAAGUCAGAAACCAUUUUGGUGGAACAUUUUAAGGAAUCCAUAAAAUAUGUUAAAUCUACUGGUAAACUUCCUUAUACUUGGAUUCAACUGAUAAAUUAUGAUUGGCAUGCUACUGUGAAAUUAAAAGGUGAACAGCAGACUAUUGAUGGACUUUGGAGACUUCUCAAAGCUCCCACAGUAUCCAUUGGUUUUUGUGAAGGGAAUUAUUAUCCUUCAAAGCAGCAACUCAAGGAAUGUAGAGGACUUUUUGUGUCUAAUAGUGAAAUUGAUGGUGGGUUCUGCCUAAAUUCACUUCAAAAUGGGGUAAUACGUUUCAAUUGUGCAGAUUCUUUGGAUAGAACAAAUGCUGCCAGCUUUUUUGGGUCUCUGCAGGUUUUUGUGGAACAAUGUAAGAGGUUGGGCUUUUUUCUUGACAGGGAUUCACUUUCUGGCUUUACAUCAGUAAAUAGAUUUGGUGAGUAUAGCAAAUAUGGGGUUGGCUCUUUACCUCCAGGGUGGGAGGAGCGCAGGGAUGCCGUAACGGGGAAGCCUUUCUAUAUUGAUCAUAACACGCGUACAACUACAUGGGAACAUCCUUUCCAGGACAAACCUUGGAAAAGAUUUGACAUGUCAUUUGACCAAUUCAAGAGCUCAACGUUGCUAACUCCUAUAAAUCAAUUAGCUGAUCUAUUCCUUCUAGCAGGUGAUAUACAUGCAACGCUCUAUACUGGUUCAAAAGCUAUGCAUAGUCAAAUCCUCAAUAUAUUUAAUGAGGAUGGAGGAAAAUUUAGCACGUUUUCUGCAGCACAGAACGUUAAAAUCACUCUGCAAAGAAGAUACCAGAAUGUUCUUGUAGAUAGUUCUAGACAAAAGCAGUUGGAAAUGUUCCUUGGAAUAAGGCUUUUCAAGCAUCUCCCUUCAGUUCCAGUUCAUCCUCUGAAAGUUCUCUCACGGCCCUCUGGAUGCUUCUUGAAACCUAUACCUAGCUUGAAACCGAUUGAAAGUGGCAGUUCAAGCCUUCUUAGUUUUAGGAAGAAGGACUUGAUUUGGGUUUGCCCUCCAGCCGCUGAUGUUGUUGAACUUUUUAUUUACCUUGCAGAACCUUGCCAUGUCUGUCAGCUUCUUUUGACAGUCGCGCAUGGUGCAGAUGAUUCAUCAUAUCCUGCAACAGUAGAUGUUAGAACAGGAUGUAAUCUAGAUGGGCUUAAACUUGUCCUUGAGGGUGCUUGUAUACCUCAAUGUUCAAAUGGGACAAAUCUGUUGAUUUCCUUGACUGGUAGAAUUGAUCCGGAAGAUUUAGCUGUCACGGGAAAUAGUGCACGCUUACAUGCUCAAGAAAAUUCUUACCUUCCUAUGUUGUAUGACUUUGAAGAGUUGGAAGGUGAAUUGAACUUCCUUACUCGAAUUGUUGCACUCACAUUUUAUCCUUCUGUUCCUGGAAGAACGCCUUUAACCAUUGGUGAGAUUGAAGUUCUUGGUGUUUCCCUUCCUUGGAGGGACAUAUUUAGUAAGUGUGGACUUGGUGCUAAAUUUAUCAAAACUGCAGGACCAAAAGAACACAGCUCUCUCAUAAUUAAUCAACACGAAGCCUUCUCAAAUCCAUUUUAUGACUCACUUCCAAAAAAUAAUACUGCUCCUUCAAAUGGAGGUUUAUUAAAAUUAUCUCAACAAAAUAUUGCCAGCCAUGCAGUAGACCUUCUCACAGGUGAUCCAGUAUUAUCGCAUUCCAUAUCUCUGCCGGAGUUUUCGAGUACAAUAGAACAAACAAUGCCGCAGAGUGGAAGCCUUGAUUUCUUCAACAGUCCCACUCCUGAUCGACUUCCUUCUGCAGAGCCUACUGAAUCGCUAGAAAAUUUUAAUAAUGAUCAUGGAGACACAAAGAGCUAUAUUAACAUCUUUAAAUCCUUUACUUCCAAUAAGGGAAGGGUUCUUGAUUUUCUGCAAACUUUAAAGCUUGAAAUUGCCCGUCUUCGACUGGGCAUUUCUGCUGCCGAAAGGGAUAGAGCUUUAUUAGCGAUAAGCAUUGAUCCUGCAAUGAUAGAUCCAAAUUGCCUAAUAGAUGAGUUGUAUAUGGCAAAAUUAUGUAACCAUGCCGACUGUCUGGCAAUACUAGGACAGACAGCAUUUGAAGAUAAGAUUAAUGCUUCUAUUGGUCUUGAGAUACAAGAUAAUGAUGAAUUAGAUUUCUGGAACAUUGGUGAAGUUGGAGAUACCUGCAUUGGCACGAAAUGUGAAGUUCGAUUGGAGAUUCAAACUUUUGCAAAAUCAACUUCUACUGUUUCAAGUAAAAACUUAUUUGUCUGCGCAGAAUGUGAAAGAAAAGCUUGUAAAUUUUGCUGUGCUGGACGGGGAGCUAGUUUGCUUACAAGCAGGACUUACAAAGAUAUGAAAAUUUAUGGUAGCUCAUCAGACCAAAGUGGAUCAAGUCAUGGUUGGCAGAGUGAUGGGACUUCCGCACAACCUUCAUCUGCGCUGGGUGGGGUUAUAUGUAAAUCUUGUUGUGAUGAAGUUAUACUUGCUGCAUUAUAUGUGGAUUAUCUCAGGGUUUUGGCUGGCUUACGUAGAAGAACUCGUGCCGAUGAUGCUUCAGUUAAAGCCCUUAGCCAUGUUCUGGGGCAUGAUGUAAGCAAGACAUCAAAUUUUUGGCAGGAUAAGGAAUGUUCCACGAGGCAAUUAAAGAAACUACUAAAUGGAGAGGAGUCCCUUGCUGAAUUUCCUUAUGCUAGUCUAUUAUACACGGUGGAAACAGCGGUUGGCUCUCAACCAUUAAUAUCAUUACUUGCACCACUCGGUGUGGGAGAGCAAUAUUCUUACUGGAGAGCUCCCCCAGGUUCUUCCACUGUUGAAUUUUCUGUUGUUCUUGGAAGUUUAUCUGAUGUCUCUGGGGUUAUCUUGGUUGUCAGCUCAUGUGGUUAUUCUACGUCAGAUUGUCCUACCGUAAAAGUAUGGGCAAGUAAUAAAAUACACAAGGAUGAGCGUUCUUUCAUGGGAAAAUGGGAUGUCCGCUCCCUAAUUGCUUCGUCUCCAUAUCUUCAUGGGCCUGAAAAAUCUCAAAACGACAGUGAUAUUCCAAGGCAUAUGAAGUUUCUCUUUCGUAACCCUGUUCGCUGCAGGAUCAUCUGGAUAGAGCUAAGUCUGGCUAAGCCGGGAUCUUCAUCCUACAUGAAGGAAGAUUUUGACCUUCUUGGUUUUGAUGGAAAUCCUUUUGCUAUAACCAGGCCCAAUGACUGUACUGUUGGGGAAGUUGCAAGCGAUGCAUGCAUCCAUGCAAAAAGGCUUAUAGUAUUUGGGAGAUCUGUCAAAAGAGAAAACCAGGAUACUUCGGAGAACUCAGAAUUUAUGAAAAUGAAAAUUUCCUUAGAAAAUUCUCCACAAUGGGGGCGAUUCAGAGUUCCUAUCGAAGCGGAAAGGUUAACAUUUAAUGACCUUGUCCUUGAGUUGUACAUAUCUCCUACUGCACCUGGGUUAGCUGGAUUUAGAUUGGAUGCUUUCAGUGUCAUAAGGCCUCGCAUUGCUCAUUCACCUUUUUCUUCAGAUGUGGAUUUAUGGGAUUCCUCACUAACAGGAUUAGAAGACCGGUACAUAUACCCUGCUAUCUUGUAUAUGCAGGUUUCUGCCAUUCAGGAACCAAGAAACUAUGUUAGCGUCGGAGAGUAUCGGCUUCCCGAGGUUAAAGGCGGAACACCAAUUUACUUCGACUUUCCGCGCCCAAUACAAGCAAGCCGAAUUACUUUCAGGCUCCUCGGAGACGUUGCUGCUUUCCGAGAUGAUAUACCUGAUCAGGAUGAUCCAAAUCAAAAAGGCUUACCUUUAGCCACAGGACUUUCAUUGUCAAACAGAAUCAAAUUAUACUACUACGCAGAUCCUUAUGAACUAGGAAAAUUGGCAAGCUUGUCAGCCGUUUGAAUUACAGGAAAUGAAGCCAUGCCCACAACAUUGUUUCUGGUAUUGUGUCGCAGCAACAUUUCUGUAAAGCAGUAAUUAUUUGUAAAAUUUGUGUUCGCAAGCUUUUUUAUUUUUGGGUGAGAAGAGUUUAGUCUCUUUUUCCUAUUCCUUUUUUUUUCCUCUUUAUAAUGUGUAUCUCUACAGAAGAAUGAUGUUACCCGUUUUUUAUGAAUUGUUUAAGUUGUUUAAUGUGCAAUUUCAAUGUAUAACAAAAGGUUUGUUACAUAAAGAAAUAAUAAACGAGCAGCCUCUGCAACUUUUUAUUGUUUUUUUCCAACUUCAACAAUCUCUGUAAUGGUUUGUCUUAAGACUACAUCAAUGGCUUGCAGAUAAUUGUUGUA